CAGGACGCUGCCCGCUUCCAGAAGGCUCGCGCGGGAACUUGGAAAGCGCGGGAAAGGGAGACGCUGCCUGAGCUCUGGCCCUCAGGAGGAGGACGACGAGGGUGCGCGGGCGGGUUGCGCAGGCAGAGAGGGUGGUAGCAAGCAACAACACCGCAGAACAGACCCUACCAGUUCAUGUUCUUUAGAACAUGGAAAACUCAUGCUUUGAAACAUUUUUACCCACAUCAGAAGAAACUGAAGAACCACAGCCAAAGAAAAUUAAAAUAGAUACAAAUCAUUUGAGUUCAGAAGAGGGGCAACUACAGUUGUUGCAAAAGCUAAACCAUGUAGAUAAAAAGUUAUCAAAAACAUCUCUCAGUUUUCCAAAAGUAUUAUGGAAUUAUAGUCAGAAUAGUUUGGAAUUACAAGUGGGAAACAAUGCAAACCUAAAACCUAAUAUAAGGCAGCGUACACAAUUUAAGCCACAUAUGAAUGCCAAUUUACAAUCAAGGUUGUUAGGAAAUAUAACAUUCUGUGAAAAGUGGACUCUUGAAAGUAAUGACUGUAAUGGCAUAAGAGAUUCUGGUUCUGAAUUUAACCAAAAUGGUCUGCUGGUCACAAAACCAGAAUUUUGUGCCUUAUGUACUAAAGAAAAAGAAAAAUCAUUAGAGAGUGGGAGUAGUUUGAAGGGGAGUGAAUUGCCAACAGUAAAUACAUUUUUUCCUGAUAUCUUGGUAGAAAGUGUUAUGUCAAGGAUUGAAUUUUUGUUUAAGGAUGUACAGGAAUUUCAAAGCUAUAAAAACAGCACAGGUUGUCAAUGCAUAAAUGAAAUUUCUAGGUCAGGAAAACAAUAUCAUAUUCCAAAACCAGUUAUAGAUGGUGAGGCCAGCAAUGGCAAAACUCUACACAUGCGUUUGUUAGCUAGCAGCUUUAUGAAAGUAAGUAAGUCACCCCUUAAAUCUUUGUUCUGUGAAAAUAAAAAUGUUGUAGAGGAGGAUAGAAAUAUUUUAUCUUGCAGUAAACAAACAAGGUUCCCUACACAUAAUAAUUUCAGAAGAAACAAAGUAUUUCAGCACAUGUAUAUGCUGUAUUUAAGAAACUGUGCAGUUAUAAACCUCCCAUUAGUGAAAUGUGCUGCUUUUAAGUUACUUUUACAAGAAAAGAGAAUAUAUCAUUGUAGAACAGCAACUGAAAAAAAUCACACUGCAAUAUUCAGCCAACAAAUUUUACUCAAUGUGCAACAAAGGGAAGUAUCUAAGGAAGGAAGUACUAAAGAAUGUCUUGUAUUUUCCAAAAAUACUUUAGAAGAUGGUAUCUUUUCAGUAGCUGAUAAUGAAAAAGAACAAAUGGCAAGGCAAUUUGUGCUUUCUAAUAAUCAGAUUGUACCAGACAAUAAUGUUAAUAGUUCUUCUCUAGGGAGAAGAAGCUUAUGUAAUCCCCGCAAAAUGCAAGACCUGACAGAAAAUAUUGGAUUUUUGAAUUAUUUGUCUUCAGUUCCAAACAUAUUUGAAAAAUUAAGCAUUAAAUAUUCAAGUCUUAAAACAAUAGUUACUGUCGUAACACAUGUAGAAGAGAGGGUGAGGAAAGCUUCUAAUGAAAACAAUAUCCUUCCUAUUAAAAAAAUGAAAACCUCUCAUUUUGUUUUAAAAGCAAGCAGAAGACAUACAACUAGGAGAUUCAGAAAUUACAUUUAUUUUCCAAGCAAAAUUAAGCAUGCCCCAAAAUACAUAGGGGCUUUUAGAAGUGCAAUAAUAGGAAAAAAGUGGAAUGAUCAUCGUAAUGUUUUGCAAGAAAGUCCUUGUGGUUUUGUUGAGGCGGAAGCCCACCUUUCGUCUUAUGAGACAUAUAAAAAAAUUCACCUUGGUAAUAAUUCAGAAGAAGAGCAUCUAAUUUCAUGUUUAAGGAAUAGAAUCUUUAAUUGUGAAAAUAAUGAAAAAUAUAGCAAAGUGUGCACAGAUAAUGGUGCAAGGACCUCCUACAAUGUCCUUGAUACACUGACUUACCAUUGUGUUCCUCCAAAAUUAUUUACAAACACUGCAAACUGCAAUUCUAUUUUAGUACAAGAAAAUACAAAUAAAAAGUCUCAGUAUCUUGAAAAUUUGAAUACCACCAACCAAUUGCCCAGAUAUAAAAUAAGUGAUGUGCCCUUCCCAAUUAAUAAUCUAAACAUAUAUAAAGGUUUCUCAGAAAAUGAUCAAUAUUUAACUUCAGUUACCCCUGAUUAUCUUUGUGUAGAUCAAAAUAUAGCAGUUUGUGUCAAAGCAUGGAAAAGUAAGAUUGCCCUUCAUGGGAACAGAGGAAAACAAAGUAACUUCAAAUUUGAAAGCAUUAAAUAUAUAUUACAGUAUUACCACCCUAUAUGUAAUUCUAGAGUUUCUAAUAGCUUAGAGCAUAAUAAGUUUAAAAAAGCAGAGCAUGGGAACUUUUCAUUUCAUAAAGAUUCUUUACUAAGAAAUAAAUAUGGUUCAGACCUAGUGUUUGUGAAACAAAAUGUCAAGGCUAUAAACGGGACAGAAAAUAAAGUUGUUGAACAGAAUUAUACAAACAAAAGUAAUCAACAUUAUGAUUUAAUUGUGCCAUAUUUCAAAGAUGAAUCUGCAAACACUGUUGGAUCUAAAGUCAAUUUAAUGGUGGUUUCACACACACCAAAACAAGAAUUUUCUGAAGAUAUAAAAAAGCAUUUUUCAUCAGAAAUUAAAAACACAUAUGCAUUUGAAAUGAAGAACCAAUUUGAUCUUGUAUUAGAAGAGCUUCAUAUGUUUAAUGGAAUUAGUAAGGAAAAUGAAAGUAAUUUACUGUUUGGAAGAAGAAAUAUUCUUCAGGAAGAUCCCCUUAAACAAAGUAAUUCUGACAGCAUACUAGAUGAAGACUACAGAAAUGUGUGUGAAAAUAAAAUAAACUUGAUCUUUUCCACUUGUGGAAAAGACACUGUAAACCACACCACUGCAACCAAGCAAAAUAAGAAUGAACAAAGUUUAUCUAAAGACAAAAUACUCACAAGACCUGGAGAGCAGGAAGUACCACAUGACUACUGUUCUUCAAGUAUUUCUGAUGAAGAAUCAUUAUAUUCACCCUCUGAAGAACAUUGUGAUUAUGGUUCUAAAACGCCUUCUUGGAAAUCUGCAUUUGUGUCUCAUACAUUUAUGAAGAAACAAAGCUUACAAAGAGAAAGAGGACCCAGUCUACUGGAUGGAUUCAUAAGAGUACAGCCUCUUAAAACAUGUUGUGGUCCCUUAAGAAUUGGAUUGUCAAGGAAAGCUAAGCCCAAACAGCUUCAUCCAUAUUUGAAAUAGUUCAGUUUAACAAAGCGAACAUUUAUAGCAGGGGUUCCCAACCUCUGCUAUGCCAGAUAUUGCUGAACUUAUUGUGGCUGGGGAUGAUGGGAAUUGUAGUUCAGCAACAUCUGGAAUACCACAGGUUGGGAACCCCUAAUUUAAAGGAAGCACUUUUUUGUCUAAAAAUAUAAAGGUUUUUUAAAUAUUUGCAUGUUUCAUUUUAAAGUUUUAAUGCUAAAAUCAAUCUUAAAAUGACAUGUUAAGGUAUUUCCGAUCAGUAUUUCAUAUUAAUAAUUGUUCAUUUAUGCAAAGAUUUUAUGAACAUUCUAAAGUUUAAUAUUGUUACAGGUAAUAAGAUUCAAAUACAUGCACUGUAAGCAAAAUCAUAUAGGUUAUUUUCAUUUCUGUAUUACCAAAAUGUCAUUUCUAUUUAUGUCAUACAGCAGCUUUUAUCACUAAGAGUAGGAAUGGCUGUUGAAACCCCUUCCCUCCUUCCUGCAUGAGAGGUGAAGCUUUUAGCUGAACUCUUCUGAAGCAUCAUUACUUUUCUUGUAGCACUAGUGCUUCAUUAGUCUGGAUAUCAGUCUUAAAAAACAACAACCCAAAGUUUAACCUUUAAAUAAAUCUUGUUGUCUGCUCGCCUUUCUCAAUCAAAUGAGUUAUUAUAAACCACCAUAUAUAGAAUACCUCUAUCACACAAUGAAUUACGACAAGUGAAACCGUCAAACAGUGUUGCAUUACUGCAGAUGUCCCUAUUAAUAAAGAGAUCACAUGCUUAGUUCUUUAUAUUAA